UGUUCUUUUAUGUUGUGCUACAGAUGACUCCUCAUCAUCUCUUCCUCAUUCCACUCUUCAUCCUCUUUCAUUCUGAUUCGUUAUCAUGGCCGCGUACGAGCCCCCAAAAGUUCUUAUUUCAGGAGCUGGUCUCGGAGGCCUUUUCUUGGCCAUCCUGCUCGAAAAGGCGGGGAUCCCAUAUCAUAUUUAUGAAAGAGCAGCUGCAAUAAAGCCCCUAGGCGCGGCCCUGGCCCUGAAUGCAAACAUUCUUCCGGUAUUUGAACAGCUGGGACUCUUGGAGGACAUUGCGAAGUUCUCGUACAAAUGCUCAAGCUUGGAUGUAUACAAGGAAAGCCUCAAGCCCAUUGGAGCUAUCGAUAUCUCGGACUAUGCAGAGAAGACCGGCUAUGACACUUAUAUCUUCCAUCGUGCUGAGCUCUAUGCCCUUCUGCUGUCGAGGAUCCCAGAGGAAAAAAUAUCGUUGAACAAAAAGGUCGUCUGGGUGCUGCAGAACAAUGAAGGUGUCAUGAUCCGCACCAGCGACAAUGAAACAUACCAUGGCGACAUCUUGGUUGGUGCCGACGGCGCGUAUUCAGGCGUCCGUCAGAAUCUAUACAAGGAUUUGAUCAGUAAAAACCUGCUUCCGCAAUCAGAUGCGGAAGGUCUCAAGAUGGGCCACAUCUGCAUGGUCGGCACGACCAACCCCUUAGACCCGGCGGAGUUCUCAGGGCUGGCAGAUGAAAAAUGUCAUUUCUCAACCAUCAUUGGACAAGGCACAGCCCACACUUGGACGACUACUACCCUCCCGAACAACCGUAUCUCCUUUUUUGCUGUCGAGCAACUGGACGAAAAGGCUGCCAAAGAUGCCGCCUUUAGGAACUCAGAGUGGGGACCUGAGGCAAACGAGAAGAUGGUGAAGAAAAUUUAUGACUUUCCAAUCAAGCAUGGCAAGGGAAAGGUUCUUGGCAACCUCAUCGAUGCUACGCCUCCAGAGCUCAUUUCCAAAGUCUUCCUCGAGGAAAAGAUCUUCGAGACCUGGUACCAUGGUCGCACUGUCUUGAUUGGCGAUGCCUGCCACAAGAUGCAGCCGAGCGCUGGUCAAGGCGCUGUGAACGCUAUGGAGGAUGCUGUCGUCUUGGCCAACUGCUUGUAUGACAUCUCGGGCGGAAAACAAGAGGUGACGGCAGAGAUGAUCACUGGAGUAUUCGAGGAGUACUACAGCCAGAGAUUUCCCUACGCAAAGUAUCAUGUCGAGUACAGCUCGAAUCUAUCAAAGAUCCUGGCAGGACAGAAACUGAGUGAGCGGAUGCUGCGGGCCAUCAUUUACAAUCUUCCUAAGUGGAUCAUGGCCAAGAGUAUCAUGAAGCAGGCGGGCUAUAGACCGCAGAUCACGUUCUUGCCAAUGAUUGUUCCGCCCAAGGGCUUAUCCGUCGUUCCACAGAAGCCUUCCAAGCGAUACCUGGCGGAGCAAGAAGCAGAGAAGCAAGCGGUCGCUGUCUAGAGAGGGGCUCCUAUAUACCUUACAUGUAUUGCAGAAUUUCGAAAUAUGCUUACCUAAUUGACGCGUCAAACUUUGCGUGUAUCUUGCACCUUAAAAUUCGCAGGGGUAAUGAUUUCAAUAAAAAGUGACUCC